CGGCGGUCCUCUCAUCAUCGUUCUCUAUCUAGAUCCCGAUCCUCCGUGGAACCACCACCGUUGGAUUUUUUUUCCACUGCCGAUGCUGUCAAACAACUAGACAAACCCUUGCCCCUCGGUGUCGCCGAGUACAUUGGUGGCUAUCCUGUCAUAACUUGGCAAUCCUUCACCGCCUCCCAACGACUUCUCUCGUCCAUAUACAAUCGUGCCAAAGACCUUCCUCAUGGUUUGCAAGACCGCAUGAAUGCCUUGCCCAAAUCAUAUCGUAAUUCAGAGUUUGGGCGCAUGGUUUUCGAAGAAAUGAUUCUAGAAGCUAUGGAUGACGAGCCGUACGCUCCACCUAUCAAGAUAUACGAAAACGGGAUAGGAGAAGAGACGACGCCGCCAUGGGAAUUUGUGUACACAAACAAGAUGUGGUUCGGAGAAGGCGUGCCACCUCCUGACGUUCGCAAUCUUGUGAGUUGUGGGUGUCCAGGCAAAUGCGACCCGAAGUCAAAAACGUGCGCAUGUGCGAAGCGCCAACUACAGUGGCUUGAGCCGUACAUCCGCGACGGUUUAUUUCCGGCAACCUGGCCUGGCUCCCCAUUUUUGUAUGACAGUAGGGGGAUUCUGCAACGGGAAGGGUGCCCUAUCUUCGAAUGCAACCAAUUCUGUGAUUGUGAUGAUGAUUGUCCGAAUCGGGUCGUUCAGAACGGAAGGAUAUGGCCAGUCAAUAUCGUCAGAACGGAACGGAAAGGCUGGGGAGUAUUUGCGGGCCCAAAGAAGAUACCGAGAGGGUCGUACGUUGGUAUAUAUACAGGAGAACUCCUGACCGAACAAGAGGGAGAGGCCCGUGGACUGCUCUAUAACGUUUUCGGUCGCACAUACCUAUUUUCAAUUGAUUUUCACCACCUCAAGCUCGGCCUUAAAAAUGAAAAUGACUACGAGAACCUGUAUGCGGUAGACGCCUACCAUGCAGGAAACUUCACACGGUUCUUGAAUCAUAGCUGUGAUCCUAAUUGCGAAAUUACCGCUUGCUACAUUAAUGACGCGGAUAUCAACAAACCACUACUGGCCGUAUUUACCAUCCGUGACGUCGAACCAUGGGAAGAGCUCUGUUUUUCGUACUACGGGGAUACAGAGCAAGCAAAUGGCAAGCUGAUAGCCCGCAACGAUGCCGUGUACGUCGAGUGUUCGUGCGGCAGUACAAACUGCAUUGGAAAAUUGUUUUGA